AAAAAAUCCUAAACCCAAGUUCCCAAACACCACCUAUAAUUAGGUCUAGUGAAAUUCCCAUCACUGUAAGGUUGCAUCAAGGGUCAUAUUUGAGUCCGUAUAUAUUUGCUUAGUCAUGGAUGGAUUAACUAAACAUAUUCAUGAUGACAUUGUUUUAAUGGAUGAAACGGAGCAAGGAAUUAACAUUAAACUAGAAAUAAGGAGAUAGUCAAAAAGAGUUUAAAAUUAGUAAAAAUAAAACUGAAUAUGUAGAAUGUUAUUUUUGUGACCGUAUAAGUAGAAAUAAUGGAGAAGUGAAUAUUGAAAACCAAGAGAUAACAAAUAGUGAAUAUUUUCUUACCUAUGUUUGAUUAUGAAUAAAGAUGGUUAGUUUGGAAAUGAUGUGUCUAUAGAAUCAAAAUAAGUCGGCUCGAAUGGAGAAGUGCAUUUGACAUUUUAAUUUCAUCAACGAAUACCAGAAAAAUUCAAAGAAAUUUUUUAUAGAUAAGGUCAGUGAUGCUUUAUGGAACAUUAUGUUGGCCAAUAGUGCUUUACAUUCAUAAAAUGUGUGUAGCUUAGAGGUGAAUGCUUAGAUGGAUGUGUUAUAAGACCAGGGAAUAUACAAAUGAGUUGUAGGAGUGGCAUCUACUAAAGAUAAGUUGAAAGAGAACAUGCUAAGAGGGUUUGGUCACGUACAUCAAAGACUUCUAGAUGCAACAGUAAGGUAGAGUAAUAUGAUCACCAUAAUGACAGAGCAGAAUGGUGAAAAAAAGGAUUCAUGUAGUUGACCUCACUUGAUUGGGAUACAAGAAUUAGUUUGGUUUGGUUAUUUGAUAUGGAAUCAGUGGCCAUUCUAUUGUUUAUAGUAGCAUUAAAGAUGAAUCCAUUUUAUAUUUCAAGUAAUUUCAUGAAUUUAUGUAGCAGACUCAGUUUCAUCUUUAUGAUAUAUAUUGGAACCAUGUAGUUUUAGAUUUUUACCAUCAUUAGUAAUUUAGUAAUACUAUUCAUUGCUUCAUUCUGGGAGAUGGAUCUGUACCUUAAAUGCUGUAGAAAGAGAACAGAACCAGUCAUCUAAGCGAAGAGACGAAUUUAUAAUGCACAAUAUCUUUUGACCAUUUUCUAGACAUAGGACCUUGUUUGGUGGUAGUCGGCUGCCUUCCCAAAUGGGGAUUUCAAGUGGUCUCUUUUCCCACUACUGUUUUAUAGUUUAUGACCACAGCGUACUUUAAAACUUGGGAUUUGGUUCAAGUACAUAAACAUGGGGGAAAUAAUUAUUUCAGUUUUUUCCUUUCCAUUUGUUUCAGCAGAAGAUUUUUGAGGGAAGAUGUGACCUGAAGAAUGAGUACUUUAGAUUAAAAUGAGAUCAUCUUCUCCCACUACUGUUUUAUAGUUUAUGACCACAGCCUACAUGAAUACCAAGGAUUAGGUUCAAGUACAUAAAUGUGGGGAAAAUAAUUAUUUUUAUUUCUUUUCCUUUCCAUUUGUUGCAGCAGAAGAUGUUUGACCUGAAAAAUGAGUUCUUUAUGUCUAAAUGAGAUUGUCUUCCCAAGUAGUGGAAAGAUGUGAUGAUAUUCUUUAAGCUUUAUGCUGGAACUUCCAUGUGGGUUUAUGAAUGUUCAAGGGAGAAGAUUUCUCAGAAGCUCUUCUGAAACUAUAUAUAUUUUUUUGGAACAUUUACAUGUGAAAACUUCACAACCUUUUUGGUUUGCUUAUAUCAGUGAUUGACAUAGUUUGUGGCAUUUGAGUAAACCAUGGUGCCUAGAGGGUUCUUUCUGUGGUCAUAUGAUGUUUCAUGAACAAAAGGAUUCUCUUAUUAACAUGAUUUUAGAGCCACUCAUGGAAUUUUUCAAUGGUUUGCUGGUUAAUUUAUGACUAAUGUUUGUUAUGUGUUAAGAUGUUCCUUUGAUGUUUUCUUCAGGGGCCUGGUUGGGGGGAAAUAUUCGACUUUAUCUUCUACUUCUCAUGGUGGUAAAGAGAAGUUUUCAGAAGAUGCUGUGAUUUCCCAUACUAAGCUAGUGUCACCUGGCUCACUUGAAAAUCUGGAUGUUGGGUCAUCAAAAACACCUGCAGCUAUAAAUGAUUUAGAUCAAACUGAUAGUUUGAGGUCUUAUCCUCACAUUGUCCUAACUGCAAAUGAGAGUGAUGGGGUUAAAGGACAUAAUGCCAUGUUAUUGUCUCCUCCACUGUACAAAAGGUCCUUCAAACAAGCUGAUAUAUCAACUUCUCGCAUUUCUUCUGUUGAAGAAAGUCGUGUCAUAAAUACUUCUUUACCAAAAGCUGGUGCACCUUCUGGAGGAACUACAGCCGCUGAGGUUCCGUCUUCAAGUAGUGUUGUGACCAGUGAAGCUUCAAACUCAAGCUCCAACCGUUCCGAUUUGAGUAUGAAUAUUCUUGACGAGGGGCCAGUGCAUGAUGAUAUGCAUGACCCACUAGAUUUUGGGCAAUAUUUUGAAGAGGAAUACUGUAAAGCAUCAAUUCAAGAUGAAUGCCCCGAAUUAACAGAAGUUGUUACUGAUGUUGACAGCAGUAAUAGUCCUUGCGACAAGGAGAAAUCUGAGGAAGAUGGGGACGAUGAUGAUAUGCUUGGAGGUGUAUUUGUCUUCUCUGAAGAAGGUUGAUUUGCCGAUGCCUUUUCCCAUAUGCUAGCCUCUUACCACCUUCCCUCAUUUUUUUUUCUUGAAAUGUUGUUGACAAGGGGGUGACCAGGGGUCAGCUUCAUGGACCGGGGUGAUCAUCGUACUUGUCAGCCAGUGAAGGCUAUUGCUGUCUCAAAAUCCAAUUGCUACUGACUAAUUGCUAGAAGAUUUUAAGCACAUAUUCUUUGUCUGAUCCAAGUGUUGCUGAGGCGAAAACCCUAGCUUUAUUCCUUUUAAUUCUCAUAUGUACAUGGUGUAUAUUAAAAUUCGUGAUACAAAUUAUUUGUGUGGGACAGAUUCUAUCUGUGCUGUGUAACAAUAUUGUUCUUUAAAGAAAAAAAAAAGAAAAUAAAGAGGAAAAAUGAAAAAUAGCUCAUUCUGCUGUUUAAUGCA